GCUAUUCUCUUCUCAUUCAAUGUAAGUUGAACAAGUCAAAUGUAACCCAGAUCCCGCUUAAAUUUCAAGCACAGACGCACUUUUUUUUUUUUUUUUCAAAUACAAACAAUAUAAAUAUUUUCUGCAUAUAUACAUAUAUAUAUGAUGCAAGCGUAUAUAUAGUUAUAUGCGUUAUAGAUAGAUAUAGCUCUGCUUUGCUUUAGAAUUGUUGAAGAUGAGUGGAGCUGGGGAAUCGUUUCAUUCUCCAACGACUAGGGACCUUUUGGCCGACGCUGUUGCUGGAGCUUCAGCUGGUGCAAUUGCAGCGAUUUUUGUGUGCCCUUUGGAUGUGAUCAAGACGAGAUUACAAGUACAUGGUCUCCCUCAAGGUUCACAGACCAAUCGUAGAGGUAGUGUCAUUAUUACAAGUCUACAGCACAUAUUAAAGAAUGAAGGCUUCAAGGGAAUGUAUCAUGGCCUCUCGCCAACGAUACUGGCAUUACUUCCAAAUUGGGCUGUAUACUUCACAGUUUACGAGCAACUUAAAGGCCUACUCCAUUCACAUGGGGAUAGCAAUAAUCAACUCACACUAGGAAACAAUAUGAUAGCUGCUGCUGGUGCUGGGGCUGCCACAGCCAUCACGACAAAUCCAUUGUGGGUCGUUAAGACCAGACUUCAAACUCAGGGAACGAGGCCGGAUAUAGUUCCAUACAAAAGCAUACUUUCUGCUUUGAGAAGGAUUACACAUGAAGAAGGGAUUUGUGGUUUGUAUAGUGGUAUUCUGCCUUCAUUGGCUGGGAUUAGUCAUGUUGCUAUUCAGUUUCCCGCAUAUGAGAGAAUCAAGUUGUUCAUGGCAGAAAAAAAUGAUACAGAGAUUGAUAAGCCAAGUCCUGGGCGUGUAGCAAUUGCCUCCUCAGUUUCCAAAGUACUUGCUUCUGUGAUGACUUAUCCACAUGAGGUUGUCCGUUCAAGGCUGCAGGAGCAAGGGCAGAACAGAAAGGUUGGGAUGCAAUAUGCAGGAGUUGUUGAUUGCAUCAAGAAGGUUUUCCAAAAGGAGGGUCUUCUGGGUUUUUACCGAGGCUGUGCGACAAACCUAUUAAGAACAACUCCAUCCACUGUUAUUACAUUUACCAGUUACGAGAUGAUAAAAAGGUUCUUGCAUCAAGCUCUGCCCCUGGAUAAAGAGCAUUUGCAAAAGCAUGCUAAACCUGAUGGGAACAUCGAGCCUCAGCAGAAAAACAUGAGCUGGGGACAUAGAAAAUGAUGCCACUUUGUGACAAUCACAAAUCCAAUCAAAUAAGAUUACUCCCUCUAUUCCUCUGGGAAACAAGGAUCAGCUAACAGCAAGACACUGAUUCAUUUUGUUGAAGAAAUCUUCCAUUAAAAAAAGUUGAACGGCAUAAAUCAACUUUAAGGUAAAUAAAAUGUUUUUUCUUCUUUUUCAUUUUACUUUAUUGAUCAGCGUCAGAAUCUCCUCUUUGUGCUGUUGUACGAUUUAUGUUCUUUAUGGAUGUUCUAUAUAAUUUUAAAUCAUUCGAUGUGCAA